AUACGACACUAGAAUACCACGAUAAUAGCUGAAAAUGAAGAAACAAAGAAUACGUGACCACUCCGAAGCCCACUUUAUUAGGUUUACUUCGAGAUCGUUCACUCCAGCUUGAGGGUUGAAGAGGGCUUGCGGGUUUACGUAUAGCAUUUUUAAGUUUAGGGGUCCAGCAAUCCACAAAUUAAAAACUUGCAACAAACCACCACUACUUCAAACCUCCAAUUUCAUAUCGGCCCUUCGUUAACGGCACCAUAACCUACCUAACCUAACCCCUAACCAUGCUUCGCUGGUACCAACGAAAGCUCGCCUCGCGGCCGUUGUUGACGCAGAGCGUCACUACCGCUGUGCUAUUCGCCGUCGGCGAUAUCACAGCGCAGCAGGCCGUCGAGAAGAAGGGUCUUGAGAAGCACGAGCUUGCCCGAACUGGUCGCAUGUUCCUCUACGGUGGCGCCGUCUUCGGCCCCGCAGCCACGACCUGGUACGGGAUCCUGCAGCGCUCGAUCCAGCUGCGCAACAAGAAGGCCGAGAUGGUCGCGCGCGUGGCCGCCGACCAGCUGAUAUUCGCGCCGACCUUCAUCGGGAUAUUCCUGUCGAGCAUGGCGGUCAUGGAGGGCGGGUCCCCUAAGGAGAAGCUGGCCAAGAGCUAUGCGCCCGCGCUCCAGACCAACUAUCUCAUCUGGCCGUUCGUCCAGAUGGGUAACUUCACCUUCGUGCCCCUCGAGCACCGCGUCCUCGUCGUCAACCUCGUCAGCAUCGGCUGGAACUGCUACCUUAGCAUGAUCAACAGCCAGAAAUGAGCGGGCUUGCGACCGGUUCGUUGGCUUUCCUUUGGCUUUGAGCCGGGGAUUGUUGGUGGUAACGAGGGAUGCGAUGGUGGUACCGUAGGUCUGACUAACUUGGGAGCCGAGGGCUUGUAAAUGUCUCUUGGGGUUUAAAAAGGACCAGGGAAGCUACGGUGAUAGACUGGGCGUU